AUGGGCUGCGGCAUGAGCCGCCUCCUCAAGGCCACCGUCGCUCUCGUCAUACUCGUCCUUCUCUUCAUGCCCGGGGCCAUGGCAGCCGCCGCCGCAAGCUUCGACGCCUCCCGGGCACAGCAGCUGCCCCUGCCGCCCGGAGAAGUGCACGGGCCGGAGAGCGUCGCCUUCGACGCUCAGGGCCGAGGCCCCUACAGCGGCGUCUCCGACGGCCGCAUCCUGAGGUGGAAUGGGCCCAAGCUCGGUUGGACAACAUACGCCUACGGACCAGGCUACGACACCGAAACGUGCACCACAUCCAGGUUUGGCACGGAGGCGGACAUAGAGAGCCGCUGCGGCCGCCCGCUUGGCCUGCGUUUCAACCAGAAAACGGGCGACCUCUACGUGGCCGAUGCGUACAAAGGGCUUAUGCGUGUGCCGCCCGGCGGCGGGGAGGCCACCGUGUUGGUCGACCAGAUUGAUGGCAUGCCGCUGCGCUUCACCAACGGAGUUGACGUUGAUCAAGUCACCGGUCAGGUCUACUUCACCCAUAGUUCGAUGAACUACGACAGGUCAGAACACGAGAUGGUCACCAAGACGGGGGACUCCACGGGCCGCCUCAUGAUGUAUGAUCCACGAACAUCGGACGCCACCGUGCUCCAACCAAGGAUGACAUACCCGAACGGCGUCGCGCUCAGCGCCGACCGCACGCACCUCGUGGUCGCAUCUACUGGCCCGUGCAAGCUGCUGAGGCACUGGAUCAAAGGGGUCGACGCGGGCAAGUCCGAGCCUUUUGCCGACCUGCCGGGCUACCCAGAUAACGUCAGGCCCGAUAGGAAAGGAGGCUACUGGGUGGCGUUGCACCGUGAGAGAAAUGAGUUGCCCUUUGGUCGUGAUAGCCAUCUUCUUGCUGUGAGGGUCGCUGCUGACGGGAAGAUAGUCGAGGAGAUGAGAGGGCCAAAGAAAGUCAGGCCAACCGAGAUCAUGGAAAGAGAUGACGGCAAACUCUACUUGGGCUCGGUGGAGCUUCCUUAUGUCGGCGUAGUAAAAAGGAAGUAG